AUGAAAGACUACGAGCGCAUCUGUACCGAGUUCGGGGUUGCGGACUUGCAUUCGAUCCUCAAGAGGCUGGAUGAGAAGAAGAAGGAGAGGGCGCAAAAUAAGUGUAAGGAUGGUGUGAUGUCAUAUGAUGAAGAUGGAACGGAGGAUCACGGCGUCGCGAGGACGACAAAUUCUAAUAUUAAGGGCCGGAUGCAAAGAUACACGGGGCUCGAUCGGGUGGAUGAAGAGGUUAACCUCCUCUUCACAGGGCUGAGUCUGACGGAAGAAGAGGCCACCCUUCUCUCAUCUGAAUUUAAAAUUUCCAGUGUGGAAUUUGUGAUCAAAAUUCAGGAGCUCAAAGCCGAAGAAAGAGAGGAUGCCCUCUUCGCGUGCGUCCUGACUCACCCACUACCCGCGAUCACGUGGAUGGGCAAGGGCAGCGCCUUGGCAGAUGGAGAGAAAUACAGCAUAACCGUGUCUGAACACAAACUGAUCCACCGACUGCUGGUCAAAGACUGCAACCUGCUGGACAACGGCAUCUAUACGGCUGUAGCUGGCGAUACGUCCUGCAGCGCUUGGCUGGUUGUUCAAGCUGAGAGUGACCCCGCAUCUGCCGGCCUGAAGAGAAGUCGUAAAAGUACCUUGGCGAGUGGAGCGACGAUCGACCUUGAGAAGGCGGCCAAAGAGCAACAAAUUAAAAACCGAGAGGCGAUGGAGAAGAUUUUAGCAGCAGUGAAGGCAAAACACAGAGACGGACAUGUGGAAGAAGGGAAGUCAUCAACCACAAAGACAAAACACAGAGACGGACACGUGGAAGAAGGGAAGUCGUCAACCACGAAGACAAAACACAGAGACGGACACGUGGAUGAAGGGAAGUCAUCAACCACGAAGACAAAACAAAGAGACGGACACGUGGAAGAAGGGAAGUCAUCAACCACGAAGACAAAACAAAGAGACGGACAUGUGGAAGAAGGGAAGUCAUCAACCACGAAGACAAAACACAGAGACGGACAUGUGGAAGAAGGGAAGUCAUCAACCACGAAGACAAAACACAGAGACGGACACGUGGAAGAAGGGAAGUCAUCAACCACAAACGCAAAACAAAGAGACGGACAGGUGGAAGAAGGGAAGUCAUCAACCACAAGUGGAAGAGAUGGACAGGUGAAAGAAGGGAAGUCAUCAACCACAAGUGGAAGAGAUGGACAGGUGAAAGAAGGGAAGUCAUCAACCACAAGUGGAAGAGAUGGACAGGUGGAAGAAGGGAAGUCAUCAACCACAAGUGGAAGAGAUGGACAGGUGAAAGAAGGGAAGUCAUCAACCACAAGUGGAAGAGAUGGACAGGUGAAAGAAGGGAAGUCAUCAACCACAAGUGGAAGAGAUGGUGAAAGAAAGGCGGCUACUGGACCAGGUAGAAACAACGGAGCAGAAACAAAUGCCCUGUCUGAGCAAACGGGGGGCGAAGAGAAAGCCAAGAACAAGAAUGCAAGAAGAAAAGGCACAGGAACUAAACUAGACGAUUCAGGGUGUGUAACACAAGCAGGAGCGCAACUUCUAGGCGUCCCUAAGAAAAAGAAACGCAUCCGAUCUGGUCAAAUGGAUUUUGACAAGGUAACAGAGUCCAGCUGCAGAGCUGAUGUAGAGUUCAACCAGAAUCAAACCUUAGCCGCAAGAAAAAGGGACGUUGAUUCUGAUGGAAAUAAAGACUCCACUGCGACUGUCAGACGCCCGAGGCACAAAAAGAAGGCUCAACAGAAACUACUUAUUUCUGGGCAAGACCCAAAUGAAGCAGCAAGUGACGAAGAAGCAAGUGAAAGUGAUGAGAGUGAGGACUCGACUGGCCGGCACAAGCAUCCGAGCUGUUCAAAGAAAAGCAAGAAGCUACAGAAAGCUGUUACUGGUGAAAGUACAUGUGGUGAAGACUACAGUGAGUAUGACGAGACUGAAGAGGCGGCUGGCAGAGCCUCACAUUCAAGGCGGAAAAGACAAGGACCACUGAUCGAAGAUGUGCUGAUUGAUCCAGGAGUUCAUUUCAUCUGUGGUUUGUCUGAUGUCAGUGCCAUCAUCAAUGAGACAGCCGAGUUCACAUGUAAGCUCAGCAGUGAAGACUGUGAGGGAGCCUGGUUCAGAGACGGGAAAAAGAUAUCCCCAGAUGACAAUUUCAGUGUGACUAAAGACGGAGCGAUCCAUAAAUUAGUCAUAAUCAAGUGCGAGGAAGAGCACUCCGGGAAAUACCGCUUUGAGGCCGAUGGUCGUAAAACAGAGGCAACGAUCAACGUGAAAGAUCCCCCCAGGUUUGACCACGAAGACCUCCGUGCUUUCACCGAGCCUGUGACGGUGAAAGUGGGGCACAACGUCAUCUUCAAACUGCAUUUUGUUGGCAGCGAACCCAUAAAGAUAAAGUGGUUCAGAGAGGAGGAAGAGCUCCUCGACGACAACAACACAACGAUAGAGACGUUUGCGAGUCACAGCCGCUUGCUCCUGAGCAGGUGCCAGAGAAAGGACACGGGAGAGAUCAAGAUAAAGCUCAAGAACGAACACGGCGUCAUUGAGGCCAUCUCACAGUUAAUUGUGCUUGACAAACCCACGUCCCCCCUGGGUCCUGCAGAGGUAGCAGAGAGCUCAGCUAUGUGUAUUGAAUUUAGGUGGAGGCCGCCGAAGGACGAUGGCGGCUCACCGGUGAUCAACUACAUGAUUGAGCGACAACGGGUGGGACGAAACACUUGGAAGAAAAUAGGGGAAAUCCCAGGUGUGCCCAGCUACCGCGAUACAGACGUGGACCAUGGCCGGAAAUAUUGUUACCGUAUCCGGGCGGUUACCGCCGAGGGUACAAGUGAAGGGAUGGAGACCGAUGAAAUGCAAGCCUGCACGCUAGCUUUCCCUGGCCCUCCAGCACCUCCAAAGGUUGUCAGCGCCUACGACGACUGCGUCAACAUUUCCUGGGCUUCUCCGAGUAAGACGGGAGGUUGCCGUAUCCUGGGCUAUAUUUUAGAGAAACGCAAGAGGGGGAGUAAUCUGUGGACCGUUGUGAAUGCCAUGGACAAACUCAUAAAAGAGAAGAAAUAUGUAGUGAAAGAUGUCGUGGCAAGAAUGGAAUAUGAAUUCAGAGUCGCUGCAGUAAACCUCUCGGGAUUUGGUGAAUUCAGCAGCCCCUCAGAGUUUGUUUUCGCACGGGACCCAAAGAAGCCUCCUGGUAGAGUCACAAACCUGAAGGUGACCGAUACUUCCUACACCCACUUGGUCCUGACCUGGACCAAACCGGAGGAUAAACCACAGAUACAGGAUGAAGCGAUGGGAUACUUUGUUGAGAUCCGACCGGCAGACUGCAUCGAAUGGUCCCGCUGCAACACCACGCUCAUUAUCACGACUUCCUAUAGUGCGAAAGGCCUCAAGUCCAUGAACGUGUACUGGGUGAGAGUAAUUGGGGCGAAUGACGGAGGAGAGGGCGCCCCCGAGGAGCUGGCCAACUAUGUCCUUACAAUGCCCCCCCCUGUGAGGCCAAAGUUCACGAAGCACAAGAUGAAGAGCUUCAUGGUGGUGAGGGAAGGGAACUCUGUUCGGAUCACAGUGAACUUUGAGGCCUCCCCUCGGGCACAUGUCAUGUGGGUGAAGGACAACGUGCCAGUGGCCAAACGGGUCACAAUCAGUAACUCUGACGGCUCAUCCCAGCUGCUGAUCCCCUCGUCCGAACGCACCGAUUCGGGCAUCUACUCCAUUUUGGUGAAAAACCUCGCAGGACAGGAGACAUUCAGCACAGAGGUCAGGCUUCACACUGCGCCCAGAGGCUACGGGUGCAACAUGAGCUGCGCGGUGAAGGGAAACCCCAGACCUCGCAUCACGUGGUAUCGCAACCACAUCAGCCUCAACACCAACACCAACUAUUUCAUCUCCAACACCUGCGGAGUUUGCUCCAUGUUGAUUCUCCGCGUAGGCCCCAAAGACACGGGGGAGUACACUGUCUCCGCGGAGAGCGCCCUCAGACGGGCCGAGUGCUCCACCGUCCUCAGUGUCAGAGAGUGA